AUGAACUAUGGCCUCUACAAGAAGAUGGAAAUCUAUCGCGCGAAACCAGCGACGAAGCGAGAGAUGACCCAGUUCCACUCAGACGACUAUAUCGAGUUUCUCUCCAAAGUGACACCCAACAACAUGAACAUGUAUCAAAAAGAGCAAGCCAAAUAUACCGUUGGUGAUGACUGUCCGAUAUUUGACGGCCUGUUUGACUAUUGUGCGAUAUCCGCUGGCGGAUCUAUGGAGGGCGCUGCACGUCUGAGCCGGGACAAGUGCGACAUUGCGAUCAAUUGGGCUGGAGGAUUGCAUCACGCGAAAAAGGGCGAGGCAAGCGGAUUUUGCUACGUGAACGACAUUGUAUUGGGUAUAUUGGAGCUACUACGUUACCAUCAGCGAGUGCUGUACAUUGACAUUGACGUGCACCACGGCGACGGCGUCGAAGAGGCGUUUUAUACCACCGACCGUGUCCUCACCGUCAGCUUCCACAAGUAUGGCGAGUUUUUCCCUGGAACCGGUGACCUUCGCGACAUGGGAAGCGGAAAGGGCAAGCGAUACGCAUGCAACUUUCCACUGCGAGAAGGCAUCACGGACGAAAACUACAAACGGAUUUUUGAACCGGUGAUCAACCAAGUGAUGGAAUCGUAUCGACCGGGAGCGAUCGUGCUCCAGUGCGGGACAGACUCUUUGUCUGGCGACAAGUUGGGAUGCUUAAACCUCUCGAUGAGGGGCCACGCGAAUUGCAUCCGAUUUGUCAAAUCAUUCAAUCUGCCGCUCUUGCUGCUGGGAGGUGGUGGAUACACGAUGCGAAACGUGAGUCGUGCCUGGGCGUACGAGACAGGACUGGCAGCAGGAUACGAACUCGGGGCAGACCUUCCUGUGAACGAAUAUUACGACUACUUUGGUCCAGACUAUAAACUUGACGUUCGGGCGAGCAACAUGGAGGACAGAAACUCUGUCGAAUACCUGGAACGGAUAAAGAAUGUUGUAAUGGAGCAUCUGAGGGAGAUUGGUGGCCCUCCUGGGAUCCAGAUGAGCGAUCCUCCACGAAUGCCACAUGAUGACGAAGAUGGAAACGAGAAAGAGGACGAGGAGAACCCGGAUGAUCGAAAACCGCAGCGCCUGUGGGACCGCCGCGUGCAGCGCAACGAUGAGUUUUCAGACUCAGAAGACGAAGGUGAAGGUGGUAGGAAGCAUCGCGCGAGUGCACGCACGAAUGGCGAUGUCGAGAUGAGUACUGUCGCCAAGGAAUCAACACCAGGUCAAGGGACAACUCAAGGAACAGCGAGCACGAGCAUUGGGAAUCAAGCCACUUCUUCUGAUGCGGAAGACGGAGGGGCAGCGGUUGGCGAUGGGACUAGCGUGGUUGACUCUGGAGGGCCGACUGCAUCCGGGACUGUGUCCGCGCUGGCGCCAGGUGCAAAUGUAGGGACUGUGGUUGGUGUGCUCGCAGCAGGAGCAUCGGCCGAGGUGGGUCGGAUGGAUAGAGAUGGGGACGUCAAGAUGGACGAGUAG